CUUUGACUCUAUAAAUCUGAAUUGGUUUUUUUUUCUCAAAAGAACAUGGACGGCAAAAGAGUAGCUCUGUACUGUCUGUUUGCUUUCUACACACGGUAUGCGGCCUGCGAUGAUUACCUUAGGAUGGGUGUAAAUACAAAUGCCGCGGAAGCCACGCAGUUCCUCAGAGAAUAUGAUCGAGAAGCUUCUGGAAUGUGUUAUAGGGUAACCAUGUCCCAAUGGAAGUUUGUGACGAAUAUCACAGAACACAAUCGGCGCAGAAUGCUGGAGGAACUGGCCCUGAGCUCGAAAUUUGAGAAACUGUCCUGGAGGAAGGCAGCCGUUUAUGAUGCGUCACGGCUGUCAGACCCUCAGGGAAGGAAGCAGUUGACCAGAAUAGUGCAAGCAAGCCGUGCUUCGUUAUCCGAUGAAAAGUUUUCUGAGAUCCAGCAAAUUAUAACUGAGAUGAAAGAAGUCUACAACGCUGCAAAAAUAUGUCCAUUCGGCCAAAAACCUUACGAUCCUCACGUACCGCGUUUACCUGCACAGGUAACAGAGGCGCAGGAAACCAAAGCUUACCAAUCUUAUCAAUUAAACAAUCAGCCGUUCCAGCACUACCAACCUCAUCAGGACAAUUCUGAUUAUCCUAAUUAUUGUGAUAUGCAAUUGGAUCCAGAGAUUUCGAGGAUUUUAGCACAUUCGAGGAUUGAAAAGGAGUUGCUGUACGUAUGGAAGAGUUUCAGGGAUAAAACUGGUCCCAAACUAAAGAAUAAGUUCAUGAGAUAUGUGCAACUAGCUAAUGAAGCUGCUGUUAAUACUGGUUAUAGAGAUGCAGGUGACCAAAUGCGGGCAGCUUAUGAAGAUCAAUCUUUCAGAGCAAGCGUGGAAGAGAUUUACAACCAGGUGGCGCCACUUUACAAACAGCUCUUCACUUACGUCCGCCGGAAACUGGUUCUUCGGUACGGUGAAGCCAGCGUGAGGUCUGAUGGUCCAAUACCCGCGCAUUUACUGGGAAACAUGUGGGCACAAAACUGGAAAUCAAUAAUGGAUUUAGUGAUGCCGUUUCCUCAGUCGCCGAACUUGGAUGCCACUUCUGAGAUGCUGCGUCAAGGGCUCACACCACUGAGAAUGUUCCAAAUGGCUGAGGAGUUCUACGUAUCUAUGGGCCUGAAACCGGUGCCUCCAGAGUUCUGGCGAGGCUCCAUGCUGGCACGGCCUGCACAGCGCAGCGUCCAGUGCACUGCCAGCGCGUGGGACUUCUGCAAUAGAAUAGACUACAGAAUAAAACAGUGUACAGAAGUAACGAUGCAGGACCUGAUCUCUACACACCACGAGAUGGCGCAUAUCCAGUAUUAUCUGCAGUAUGCUGAUCAGCCGCAGUUAUUCAGAGAUGGCGCAAACCCUGCGUUCCAUGAGGCCGUAGCGAACGCUGCUACGUUGUCUGUAUACAAUAUACCACAUCUCCAAAGAAUGGGGCUUUAUCAAAACAAGUCCCACGACCCGUAUGAGGUCAGCAUGAACUUCCUGAUGUCAAUGGCUUUGGAGAAGGUGGCUUAUUUGCCUUUCGCGUUCAUGGUUGAUCAGUGGCGGUGGUCUGUAUUCGAAGAUGGCGUACAGAACAUGAACGCGAGAUGGUGGCAGAUGAAGUUGAGAUUCCAAGGAGUUACUCCUCCAAUCGGCAGAACAGAAGAUGAUUUUGAUCCUGGAUCAAAAUAUCACGUCAUAUCUGACCAGGAAUACAUCAAAUACUUCCUUGCAACGAUCCUCGAGUUCCAGAUCUUCGAGCAGAUGUGCGCGGUGUCGGGUUACAGCGGCCAUCUUCACGAAUGCGAUGUCUAUAGGAGCAGGGAUGCUGGGAGACUUUUGAGUGAAAUAAUGCAGCCAGGAGCAUCAAUGUCCGCAUCGGACAUUAUAAGAAGCAUGACACGUGGCAAAACUAAUAGGAUAUCCCCAGAAUCUCUUGUUAAAUAUUUCCGUCCACUGGAACUUUGGUUACGCGUGCAAAACCGGGAUGAGCAAGUUAUAGGAUGGAACUCCAACUUUCAAGACGUGGCGCUGUUUGCCCCACAGAGGGCGUGGGCAACUAACAAUCACUUCUCAGUUUUAUUGUUACUAGUGUCUUUUAUUACUGUACAUAGUUUGUAA